UCUAUACGUAUACGGAGUGUGUUCACUCGCUCGAGAGCAAGGGAGGCUGUGUGGGCGUGUGAUAUUGGUUAUUGCACCCGUGCCGGCCGGUUAAUAUCAUCCAAACAUCAAAAUCUUUAAUGGAGAUUGUGAUUUAUCUUUAACUUUACAUUUUAGUGUCGUAGCAACGUUCGAACGGGUAACUAUAAAACGAAAAAACAGUAAAAAACGAGUGUGUUCUCAAUUAAAAUUAGACAAAAAAAAUAUAAGUAAUUUUUCUUAGUGAAUUUUACUGUGAUUUACUAAUUUUUAAUUUGUGAAAAUGUCAAUGGAAGGAUUAGAAUACGAGACCAUUGUCCAGAAUGGGCCGAAAAAAGUAACCAUGACAACAGGUCUGGACCGCGACACCAUACGCUCAGCGUACGAGGACGUCCGCUCCGACGCUUCGCCUACAGAAUGGGCGGUGUUCAAGUUCGACGGCGCACGCAUCGUGUGCUCAGCGAGGGGCUCCGACUUCACGGAGUUCCGCACUCAGUUCUCAGACGACGACCGGGCGUUCGGAUACCUCAGGUUGCAGAUGGGCGACGAGAUGUCGAAGCGCAAGAAGUUCAUGUUCGUGACGUGGGUCGGGCCCAACGUGUCAGUUAUCAACCGCGCCAAGAUGUCCACCGACAAAGCCAUCAUCAAGGAUAUCAUCUCCAACUUUGCUGUGGAACUUCAGUUGGAAAGUCAGUCGGAAAUAGAUAUCGACCAAUUCAAAGACGCUCUGAACAGAGCAGGGGGCGCGAACUACGGGACAGGAGUCAGGGAUUUAUGAAUUGCACAAUAAAACCACCGUCUUCUACCACAACGUAUUAACUUUAGAACUAUACUUACUGAUCUAUACUAGUCUCCAUCUUGUAAGUUCAACGACAAAAGAACGGAAUACGUAUAGCUAAAUGAUGUGGUAAUUUUCGUAAUAUCAAAAUCUGGGGGCUUCGGACUCGACAUAAAAAUGCGCAUAUUAACCCCCCGGCCAAAAACAGGCCCAAAAAUAUAUUUUUUGUCCCUAAAUUUUUUUAGUCAUUUUGUAAAAAAAUUGUCUUUUUGUUUAAGUCACUACCAAGAUUUUUUUAUUUUUGGACUAAAUUAACAUUGAAAUUAUUAUUUAUGGAUAUGAUUUACUUCGUACUGUAACUUAUUGAGCCUGAAUAGAAAAAUAAAAAAUGAGGUAUCAGUCAGUAUUUAAUGAGUACGUAAAGUUCAUAUAAAGCAAAUGUUUUUAUUUUUAUAUUCAGGGUGGAGAAAGCAUAAUUGUGCAAUUAUUCUUAUAAUAAAUUUGAAUAUGUAAUAAAUAGGUUUUUGCCAAAAAUAUAGAAUAACUUGCCAUUUAGAGGGUGCGUCAAUGCAUUUAUUUUUUGUCUACAUGUAUUUUAAUGUACUAUACUGAGCAUGACGAAAUUUUACAUUGUAUUGUAUACAAAAUUCGGAUUUUAUGGGCUUUUAUACAUUGACUAGUGUUAUUCGACAUUAUUAUUGGAUUAAACCAACUGGUAAAUACAAUAAUAACCAAAACA